AUGAUGGCAGCACAGGGUUACUAUGGAGCGCCGCUGAAGAGCGAAGAGGGCAAUCCCCCACGAGAAUGGAGUACUUCUCCAGCAUUGCAUACGCCCAGUUCCAGCAUUUUUGAAGGUUCAUAUCCUCCUCCAUCGGGCUAUGGACACCCUCCGCAGCCAGUGCCGCCGUCGGGCAACCACUAUGCACCUCAUCCGAACUACAAUGACUUCAAUACCGCACAGCAAGCGCCUCCGUAUGCCCAGCAAGGUCCCUACGGCCUUAACCAGCCCCGGCCUCACUCGCCAUACUCUCCGAAUGACGCACACGGAUAUGCACAGCCCAAUUACCAAUACUCGGGCCAGCAACAGUAUCACCGACCACCUCCACCUUCCCCGUGCCCGCCGACAGACCCUGCAGCGGCAGGACAAGGAGAAAAGGGUGUCCUUGGUGCCGUGGCUGGUGGUGCCGCGGGUGGCUUUGCUGGCCACAAAGUUAACCACGGUUUCUUGGGAGCGGUAGGCGGGGCAAUCGCUGGCUCACUCGCCGAGAACACCAUCAGGAAACACAGAAAGAAGGAGGAGGAGAAGGGGAAGAGGUGGGGAGUCCCGGGCCGACGGAACUCUUCCUCUUCCUCAUCCUCAUCAUCGGACGGUGAAAGGUCUGCUUGCCAUGGAAACUUCUCUUCCUCUUCGACGGGGAUCCGACUCGAGCAUGGCCAUAUACUCGCGGCCCAUUGCACCUCUAUCUCCGGCCAUGCCAGGCAAUCUUCCAUCGAUCUUAAUGAUGUGCUCGAGAACGUCUGGGGAAAAUUCAGCUGGAAGCGCGGGGGGAACUUUUUCCAGUCCGCACGGAAUGUGAGGCUGCGCAAGGGAGGAAGAGUGCUCGAGGCAGAGUUGGGCAACGGACAAGGAGGGUCGAAUCGUGCACGAGUGAGGUUGGAUGAACGGAUUUCAAACCAGGACGGCUUCUUGGUCUACUUGGCUUGA